AUGCGCGAAUGUAUCAGUGUUCAUGUUGGUCAAGCUGGUGUCCAAAUGGGCAAUGCCUGUUGGGAGCUUUACUGCCUCGAACAUGGCAUCCAACCCGAUGGUCAAAUGCCAAGCGACAAGAGCAUUGGUGGUGGUGAUGAUUCUUUCAACACUUUCUUUAGCGAGACUGGUGCGGGUAAACACGUCCCCCGUGCCGUUUUCGUCGAUCUCGAACCGACGGUUGUUGACGAGGUACGCACGGGGACCUACCGUCAGUUGUUCCAUCCUGAACAACUGAUCACUGGAAAAGAGGAUGCCGCAAACAACUACGCUCGCGGCCACUACACCAUUGGAAAGGAGAUUGUGGAUUUGGUUUUGGACCGGAUCCGUAAAUUGGCUGAUCAAUGCACUGGAUUGCAAGGCUUUCUCAUUUUCCAUUCAUUCGGUGGUGGGACAGGUUCUGGAUUUACCUCGCUUCUCAUGGAGAGAUUGAGUGUUGAUUAUGGCAAAAAAUCGAAGCUCGAAUUUGCUGUUUACCCCGCCCCUCAAAUCGCCACCGCCGUGGUUGAACCGUACAAUUCGAUUCUGACAACCCAUACUACGUUGGAGCACUCGGAUUGCGCCUUCAUGGUGGACAAUGAGGCUAUCUACGAUAUUUGCCGUCGCAAUCUCGACAUUGAACGUCCGACGUAUACCAAUCUGAACCGUCUCAUAGGACAAAUCGUUUCAUCGAUCACAGCGUCUCUUCGCUUCGAUGGCGCGCUGAACGUAGAUUUGACGGAGUUCCAAACCAAUCUGGUGCCAUAUCCGCGUAUCCACUUCCCGUUGGCUACCUACUCACCCGUGAUUUCUGCUGAGAAGGCCUACCACGAACAGCUGAGCGUUGCGGAGAUCACAAACGCUUGCUUCGAGCCGGCUAACCAAAUGGUGAAGUGUGACCCUCGCCACGGAAAGUAUAUGGCCUGUUGCAUGUUGUACCGCGGUGAUGUCGUUCCGAAGGACGUCAACGCUGCCAUUGCUACCAUCAAAACGAAGCGUACCAUUCAGUUUGUCGAUUGGUGCCCGACUGGUUUCAAAGUGGGCAUUAACUAUCAGCCACCCACUGUCGUACCAGGCGGUGAUUUGGCCAAGGUUCAGCGCGCUGUGUGCAUGCUAAGCAAUACCACUGCCAUCGCCGAGGCUUGGGCUCGUUUGGACCAUAAAUUUGAUCUGAUGUAUGCCAAGCGUGCUUUCGUCCAUUGGUACGUCGGUGAGGGUAUGGAAGAGGGUGAGUUCUCAGAAGCUCGUGAGGAUCUGGCCGCAUUGGAGAAGGAUUAUGAAGAAGUUGGUGUUGAUAGCGUCGAGGGAGAAGGUGAAGGCGAGGGUGAAGAAUACUAA